UAAAUAACGUGUAUUUGUUGGGAGUCGGUAGAGAGGCUGGCUCAUUCAAAGCUGAUAUUUUCUUCUUUCUUGGUCAUUCUGGACACCAAGAACACAAUUGCGCAAACACAAAACCUUGACAACGGAAAACACAAAUAAUUUAAAAUUCUUAUCAAUCAUCGCAAUUUACUGAGGAGAAUAACAGGUGCUCGUGUGUUUAUUCCAGGUAAGUGUUCUUUCAAGCUGGAGAUUAUUUGCAUACUUUGGUUGCCAGUAUUGUGUGAGAUGGCCCUCUAAAAUCUAAAUCAUUGGGGUAAAAGCGAUUGUGAUUAUAUACUUGGCAUCUAUAUAGAUUGCCACAAUUGCUUUGAGGUUUUUUGGAUUUGAAUGGCUGUUACCUCUGAAGAACCAACUGGAGAAAGCCCGACUGAUGCAUCCCCUUUGCUCAUGGAGCACACAGAAAAUUGUGAAAGCAAUGAGCAUGUUAUUAAUAUAGAACAAAGUGGUGAUCCUUCAUCUUCAGACUCGUCUGAUUCUGAAUCUCCUCGUGGCUUGAGUUCAUCUCGGCAGGAUGAUAGACCAUCUGCGAGAAAUUCUCAAUCUUCUUCGUCAAACGGAUCAAAUUCUCAAAGUCCUUCAGUCACAAGGAGAGGCGAAGGAUUUGGUCGUCAUUGGAGCCCAUUCAAUACCGUUCUCUGGAUUUCCAUUGAGCUAGUAUUCACUUUAGGGCAAAUUACCGCAGCUGUCGUUGUUUUAUCUGUAUCAAGGCAUGAAAACCCGCAAACUCCAUUAUUUGCUUGGGUUUUGGGUUAUGCACUUGGAUGUGCUGUGAGUCUUCCUCUUCUAUAUUGGCGAUAUCUUCAUCGCAAUCAGGCUGCUGAGAGGAGGUCAGCUCAAUUUCGACAAGGUUCACGUCGAGUUAAUUCCUCUUCGGAUCCUAAUUCUUACAUAACCUUCUCCUUAACCCGGUCCUCGGAGGAUGAAGGUGGCCGUAAUACAUCCGCAGAUAAUUGGAAUGUGCAAAACAAUGAAGCUCGAAAUGCAAGGAUUGUUGCGUUUGUGGACCAUUUCAAAAUGGCCUUGGAUUGCUUCUUUGCAGUUUGGUUUGUUGUUGGCAAUGUUUGGAUAUUUGGAGGGCAUUCUUCCGCUUCGGAUGCUCCCAAUUUGUAUAGGUUAUGUAUAGUUUUCCUUACCUUUAGUUGUAUCGGGUAUGCUAUGCCUUUCAUCUUAUGUGCAAUGAUAUGCUGCUGUCUUCCAUGUAUCAUAUCGUUCCUUGGCGUUCGUGAAGAUAUGAAUGGAAUGAGAGGAGCAACUGAAGAAUCUAUUAACGCUCUUCCUACACAUAAGUUCAAGCUAAUGAGAACUGUAAGCGAGAUAAGUGAAGAGAGCGGGUCAGAAGUAGAAGGUGGUGUUUUAGCAGCAGGAACGGAUAAGGAACGGGCCAUAUCGGGAGAAGAUGCUGUGUGUUGCAUAUGUCUAUCUAACUACGAGGACAAUGACGAGGUGAGGGAGUUGCCCUGCUCGCAUUUCUUCCACACUGCAUGCGUAGAUAAGUGGUUGAAACUAAACGCGUCCUGCCCCCUUUGCAAACUCGAGAUUGGAGCUGAGAUUGGAGCUGAAAACGAACAUUCUCCAUUGGCUGCUGAAGCCAGUCAACAAGUGUGAAGGGCCUAACGAUUUGGCAAAACUGAUGCCCCAACAAGUGGGAAAGUGAAGCUGGCUUGCGGUGAGUGAUAAGCCAACAACGACACGUUUCCUAUUUGAUUACUGCUGCUCCAGUUCUUGGCAGCGAAACCCAACAUGUACAGUUUUAAGCUGAGACCAAGGUAGAAAGGCUUAUGAGCAAAGUACUAUUCAAAGUUAGAGAUGUUAAAACCAGAUAUCAGGCUUGAAAGAAACAAAAUGUUUGCACGCGAUCUGAGUUUACCAUCAUCCAUAAGUUCGAUAACCCUGUAAAUAUUUUUUAUUUAUUUAUUUUUUUUUUUUUUGGUUUUUGGAGAUCAAUGCUCUCUGUUUUGAUGGCUUACUUUCAUGGCUCCUCUGCAUACCCUCUUCUGCAUUCUGAGAUUAUCAAUGAAUUAUUCAAGAAAUUUUAGUUUCAA